GGCAAGUUGUUUGUUCCAGCGAGCACCAGCUGCUCGGCAGUUCGGGCUCCGCUGCCUCCCUGCCCGGCUCCCCUCGCCGCCCCGCCGGCCUCCUCCCACGCUCCAACUUUUCCACCCUCUGUUCCCUCAUCCCCCCCCCGCCCGCCCCCGGAGCCGGGAAGGGGGAGAAGGAGCCAAGGGCAAGGCGGGGGGGGAAAAAAAAAAAAGGCAUCGACAAUAACAGCCCCCCUCCCCCUCCCCAUUCAAAAACACAAAAUAAACCCCAGGGAUAGAUGAACUACAAAUGAGAAAGAGGAAAAGAUGGAACUGCACAUCCUAGAGCACAGGCUCAGAGUGGCCAGCAUAGCCAAGGAGAGCAUCCAGUUGUUUACCUAUGGAUUAAUCAAACUUGCUUUCCUGUCCUCCAAGACGAGGUGCAAGUUCUUCAGCCUCACGGAAACCCCAGAGGACUACACCAUCAUUGUGGAUGAAGAGGGCUUCCUAGAGCUCCCUUCCUCGGAACACUUGAGCGUGGCCGAUGCGACAUGGCUUGCCCUCAACGUGGUGUCUGGCGGAGGUGGCUUCUCCGGCUCCCAGCCCAUCGGAGUGACCAAAAUUGCCAAGUCAGUAAUAGCACCCCUAGCUGACCAAAACAUCUCAGUGUUCAUGCUCUCCACCUAUCAGACGGACUUCAUCCUGGUACGUGAGCGAGACCUGCCCUUUGUGAUGCACACGCUGGCUGCUGAGUUCACCAUCCUCAGAGUAGUGAACGGGGAGACAGUGGCUGCCGAUGACCUUGGGAUAACAAAUGGAUUUGUCAAACCAAAACUGGUUCAGAGGCCUGUCAUUCAUCCCCUUUCCAGUCCGAGUAAUAUGUUCUGCGUCACCAGCCUGGAUCCAGAUACCCUUCCCACUGUUGCUACACUCCUAAUGGAUGUCAUGUUUUACUCCAAUGGAGUAAAAGACUCAGUGGUGGGCAACGAAGACUCGGGACAUAUUCGAUUUUUCUCCUUUUCUCUCAUUGAGGGUUACAUCUCCUUGGUCAUGGAUGUCCAGACACAGCAGAGAUUUCCUAAUAAUUUGUUGUUUACAAGUGCAUCUGGCGAACUCUGGAAGAUGGUGCGGAUUGGUGGGCAGCCUCUUGGCUUCGAUGAAUGUGGAAUUGUCGCUCAGAUUUCUGAGCCUUUGGCCGCAGCCGACAUCCCAGCCUACUACAUCAGUACUUUUAAGUUUGAUCACGCGUUGGUACCUGAAGAAAAUAUAAAUGGUGUGGUCAAUGCACUCCAAGUCAGUCAAGCUGAAAAGCAUUAGAAAUCUUCUGAGCUGGUUCCAGAUGCUUUUUAUUAUUAUAAUUAUUAUUAUUAUUAUAAUUAUUAUUAUUAUUAUUCUUUUUUUCUCACAGUAUUUCUUGAAAAAUCUGAUUCCAGAGAGUGACAUGAAAAGAGACUGUGGAAAGUUGAGCAGAAACAGCUCCAAUAAGCCUUUGUUUUAAUAAUUAUUAUUAUUAUUAUUAUUAUUAUUGUUAUUUUAUUAAAUUUAUGAGCGAGGGGCAGGAGGAAAAGGAGUUCAGGCGGUUUCCUGGUGUUCAGCUCCAAGGCGAAGUAUAACCUGCCCACGUUCUCGGUGCAGGAGGAGCUGCCCGGGGACACCAGUCUCUCCCCGACGCGCGGCAGUGCGGAUGGCCCUGGGCGCUCUGCCGAGAGCUUGGCGGCACGGCUGGGACAGAUGGGCCCGUGCUCAGAGAGAGCCCUGAAAACCGUAAACAAAAUGAAAUGUGGAAUUAAACAGAAAAGACGUCGCAUAGUGCUUGCUGGCUUGUCUCCUCGCAUCAGACUUUCUGAGAACUGUCCGUCGUUACAUAUGCUGAGAUAGGAUGGAAAUUGAGUUCUGUUUUCCCAGACAAAACCGUUUGGCAUUGGAAAAGGGGGAAAUAUCCAGCUGUUUUUUUAAUUUUCCCCCUUUCCCUUUCUCUCUGCAGUCAAACCCUGCUCUGAGAAAGCCUGGGCAGGGCAGCAUUGCUGUGGCCCACCUCCUAGCUGGUGGUGUCACCAAGACUUCUGUCUGCAUUCAAACUUCACUGUUUUAGCUCAGUUUUCCCCAGUCACCCUCCCACUGCCCCCAGUGUCCUCCUGACAUGUCCCCUGCUCCAGGGCAGCUGCUGUCCCCUCGCCCCCACAUCAGAGCCAUCCCCAAGCCCUUGUGCCCCAGGGCCAGCAAGAGGAAGGAGGCACCUUUUCUCCUCUCCCCGUGGGCUUUUUCCCAUCCUCUUUGUACACGUUCAUGGGGGACGCAGGAUUUCCCGGAGUCCCUGGGUAGCUGCUCCUGCACAUCCCAGGCUACCUCGGCCAAGAGCCGCAGUGGGUUGUCCCCACCUAGGCCAGGAGGGUGCCCAAGCCCUGCUGGGUCCCUCCUGCAGUUUUUCAUCGGCUCCUUCAUCGCCAACGUGGAAAUCGCUGCCAGAUGGGGACCUGUCUGCAGGGGUUUUUCCAUUGGGUUCAGUGGGCAGCCCUUCAAAAGCAGAACGGUGCUGAAAAUGCAUCAACCCCAAGGCGUUUCCUUCUGGUCCUGUUGCGGGAAGGUGAGGUGGGCAUUUCCCAUGGAGCUUUUCCAGCAGGAGUGUGUUUGCUCUUGGCCAGAGCCAGCGGGAGCAAGGUCUCCAGGCCCAUGGUGGCACUUGCUUCCAAAUCCUGGCUGUCCCCAGCACCAUGGAGGAUGGCAGGGACCAGUGCCAGGAGAGCAAGCGUCACCCAAGACAUAGGUACCAGCAGUCUGCACUGUGCUGUGACCAUGCAGUGAGGGGUGGUGAGAAGGAGAAGCCGUCUGCAGAGGACUCUGCUUCUGUGUCUAGGAGCCCAAGCAUAUCUUGUGUUUCUAGAUUUCUUCCCAUUUCAUUUUUGACACGAAGAAAUUGCAGGCCUUACAGUUUUAAUGAGGGCUUUCCAGCUUUGCUUCAGAGACAGCCUCUAGCAUGGUUUUCCUGAGGUUGUGUCUUGCAGGUUUGAGCUGGGGUUUUGCAUUAAUCUGGAGGCAGGAAGGAAGUACCUGAGAUCGUGCCACAGGCAUGGUUUGUACUGGUGCGUAGGACAUGCAAACAGGUCUAUACUGGUGUGUAGACCUGCAGACACACACACACUGGCUUACAGCUGCUGUUUAGUUCUCCAUUCCUGGUAUUGGAGGGCUGAGCUUAACAUUUGUCGUUUCUUGUGCUGCUGGACCCAGACAUUAUGUUCCAAAUCUUUCUGAUUUUUCAUCGGUGGACUGUUUUGUGGCAGCUGGGCAGGGAAUCAGAGCAUCCACAGGAAAAAGCACGGGUAACUUUCCUUUGUAGGCCCUAGCUCAGUGAGAGCAUCCCUGCUGAGAAACACUUAGACACAUGUUUAAUACUUUACCAAACAGUUUGUUCUGCUGUUCCUUUACAUGGGUUUUCAGAAUUGCGCCAUGAUGCAUUAUAUUCACUCCAGAUUUCUGGAGUAAAGGUUUAUUCCAAGUGCGGCACCAUGCAUCUCCAUGGUCACUUGCGAAGAUGCUUUGGUCUCCUGCCGCGAGGGUGCAGCACAGGCUGUGCGGGGCGAUAUGUAGAAAGCACUCGGAGGUGUUCUGUGGGAAUCUGCGGGGCGUCGUCGGCAGCGCGCUGAGCUGAAGGGUGCGGCAGGGCAGUCGGUAGCUUUCCACCACAUAAAUUGUUGAAGAGUUUCUCCUUGGGAUGGCAGACUGGGGUGUUUGUAGGACUGCGCGGGAUUGUUUUGGAGAGGGAUACCAGCAGGUGGGUUGGUGCACAGCUACUGAGUUCCCAGCCAGGCUUUCUGAUCGGCCAAGGUGAGCCCGAGCUUCCUCUGUGUGCGUGGACAGUGUCACUGGGACAGGGUCGUCUUUGUGCUCCCGGGUUUUGUCAGCCAUUGGAAAAUGAUUAUUUAGCCACUUUCCGCACCAGAGAACAACGUGCGUUACGCUCUGCCCGUGCUAGUGCUGCUUGCUAAGGACCGCGACAUGGAUGGUAAGGAAUUACUUGAAACGAGCAUCAACUUGCUGAGCCUUAAGAGAAAAAAAUUGGUUUUAAUUAUUUUAUUGUUUUUUAACUUUGCACUCAGGCUAUUUUAGAGGUUGAUUUUUUUUUAAUUUAGAUUCUCCACUUUUUUCCCUGAGGGAGUCAGCCUUAAAUGUGCGAAAUCUGUAGAAAUUUUGGGGGUGUUUCAAAACUUCCCAAAGCAGGUUGAUGUCCCGGCAUGAGAAAGUUAGCCUGAAAAAUUCACAGGGUGUCUGUGCCGUCAUCCUCGGCUUCACCUCUUUAUUUCCUCUCUUGUUUUGUCCUGAGAACCAAGAAGUUUGUUUCAGACAACUUGGGGUAGUUUGAUGCCUUUCCUUUAGCGUUCCCCACAUCGCUUUGCUGGUGGGAACUGAGUUACUCUGAAUUUAGCCAGAAUUGUUGAACCUUGCACCAGAGCCUAGGGAAGGGCAGCCCGGCGUAUGGGCAGGACCCGUGCAGUGGUGUUGCUUCUGAGACCUUCACUGGGUAAGGCGGGAAGGGGUCUGUAGGGGCUUUGUUAAAAAAAAAUUAAUAUAAUAAUAAUAGAAGAGCACAGUGCUGAAUGAGCCCAAAGCAGUGGCUCUUAACGCUGCUCAACAGCUCCCGCUCUCCCGGCACCUGGCCUUUGGGGUGGGGGAAAAAAAUUGAAGGGUCUUUUUUUUUUUAAAUGCCUUAUGAUACUAAUGUCUCUGAGCAUCCCUGGCAUUGCGCUGUUUGACGCUGAGUGGAUAAAAGGAGGACUAUGUCCUAGUGGGACGCCCUUCGGCUGGGAGCUGCAUCGUGGGAAGCCCGGGUUACCCGUCAGCUGCCCCGAGCAUCUCGCGGGGCUGCCUGCAGGGUCUCACCCCUAUCACCCCAACACUGCCGGACCCUCCCCCUGCCCUCACGGUUCCUCUCGUUGCACAAAAAUUCACCAAACAGCCAAAAUGCAAAAAGCGUUUCCAGCGCUGCAAGGAGGGGUGGGCAGGGAAGGAGGCCGCAGCCCUCCUGCGCCCUCCUUGUUUCUCCGAGGCCUUUGUUUUCUUAGAAACGUCAACCUUUCUCAUGUUGUGUGUGUUACUAUGUAGGUUUUUGUCUUUUUUCCCUGGCCCCAAUUAGGUUUUGGCUGCAGAUUCCUUUCUACUGUGCAAGUGUGUGUGUAUGUUCAUAUAAUUGUAUAGUGUUUACAUAGAAAUACUUAGUAUGUCUCUAUUGUACACUUAUAUCUAUAAAUACCUGUGGUUUAUGUUCGUAUGGCUAUAUACUGUACAUAGCAUAUAUACUUGAGCAAUAUAGGUUAAUAUAUACUGUGUGGGUACAUGUGUGUAUACUCUAGGCACACGCUCUGUGUGUGCAUAUAUAUAUGUAGUAAGUACUGUAUACACACAUUUAUUCACCAUAUAUUUUUAAUUCAAGUAUAUAGGCAAUAUGAAUACUUAGUUAUGCUCUCGGGAUUUCUCUCCACGUUUUUAGGGAAGAGCAGCAGUGAAGCUGACCUGGAGCAAAGCUGUGGCUCCUCCGCCUGCGGCGCGCGGGCAGAGACGCCCGCCGGUGCGCAGCUUCCGAAACCCCCCCUUCCUCUUCAGUUUGGUGCCUCAAGCACAGAGACUGUAGGAAAAUUGCUCCUUUUUCUUCAUACAUAUUUUAGUUGCUACCCUGAAUUGCUUCAGACCAUUGUUUGCCAAGUGCCUGCCUGGACCCUGGAGGGUUUGCAAUGGGGCUUCCAGUCCCUGCGAGCCCCGAGGCUGGCUGUGGGCACCGGCCAUGGGGAGCACCUCCUGAACCUCCCGCCUGACAGGUCUUCGGCACGGCCUGGGCUUGUCGCCACUUUUCCGCCGGAAAAGCUCAUGGUGGCCUUGCCCAGCGUCUCCGCGCGAGGCUGCAGGUGCGGGGUUUCCCGGUAGAUGUGGCUGUUGGUGGCUCAGGGGCCAGAAGGCAAUCCACAGCUUUGGUAUUUUUUGGGAAAUGCGUACUUGUUGGCCUGUGAGGAGCUUUAAAUCAGUGGGUUACUUUUAAAUAGAUGGAAAUGUUGGAGGGUCUUUUCCCGUUAAAAGUAAGAGCGGCUGUUUGAACUCGGUGAUUGGAAGUGUGUGGUCUCAUAGUCGGAGUUGCCUGCUGACCAGCAGAGCCGUCUUAGGGUCUAGGUGGGAAAAGGUUUUUACCCAAAACAUGCCCUAGUUUCAUAUUUCAGUUUCCUUUUUGAGUUGUGCAAAUAUGAAUGUAUGCAGGUUUGCUCAUUGUUGUUGUGAACAUGAAAGCAUUUUCAUUCUUUUUCCUCUUUGAAUCAAACAGACCUCCUCUCCCUGCCCACCCCAGUAGCCCCCUGGGGGUGCAUUUCUCCCCGUAGCACCAUCCCAGCAAGGGUGGCACGAGCCCUCCCAAACCCCCGCUAUUCACAAAGCCUUCCGAUGCUCAGCCUCUCCGCGGGGGAAAGCCUCCAAGUCUGACCGUGUGUUUUGAGGUAAUGGUGGUGUUGGGCACUGUGGCCAGAGGGGUUAGUCACGUCCUUGUGGUUUUUCCCAUCCAUGUACCCACACGUACUGGUCGAGAGCACCGGGGCAUUCAGCCUUCCUACUUUAGAGGUCAACGACUUGAGUAGAAGGUGCUGGGUCCUGUGUCGCCACAGCCAGCGCUCAGUGAGAGCAAAUGUUCCUGUUGUGGCACUGGAUAAUUGGUAUUUUCUGAUUAUGGCAAGGGAGAAAUUCUUCGUUCAGCCCAAGCCUGAGCGUCGGCUGCUAGCUCCCAAGCGAAGGUGUCUCACAGCAGCAUUCAGUGAUGGACAAGAAAUCAUUUUCUGAUGAGGAUUUCUUUUUUCUCUGUUACUGUGACUAUUGUGGACAUCUCCAGUAAGCAGCUUAAGGCAUCUCACUUACCUGCUCCAGUCCUGCCUGCAAACGUUGGAUUGGAUUAAACUUUUAUUACCUGCUAGAGAGUAAAACCCAGUAAUCCUUUGCCAAACAGUAUUUACGUUUUCUAGCAUGUGCUGGGGUGUGUUUACAUUGGCCGAGAUGUGCAGAUCUGCCUCCGGAUCUAGAUACCUUCUCCCCAUGAGCGCCUCUGUCUGUCCAUACCCGGCGUGGGCCCUGUGUGCCGGGGGCCAGCACCGUGCCUCGGGCGUCCUCCAGCUCUGAGCCGGUACCAAAAUGCUCCGUGCGCGUCCCCAGCGAGGGCUGUGGGACCUUCCCGGGACACCUGGGAGGGAAACGCUCGACUGUGAAUCUUGAAUUAUUCUGCCGUCUUCAGCCCCCCAGUGUCCAUCCCUUGGCCUCCUUCUUUAUUUAACCUCACUGAAGCACAGCACCAUUGAAAUACCAGCUCUGUCAGCACAGGUGGAGAAGAGGGCUGGGUUCUGCAACACGGGACCUGCACUGGAGGCUGAGCAGCAAAUCCUUGCUGUGGCAGCAAUAGCCCCUGCAGAAGCUCUGGCGAGUGUGGAGCGAUGCACAGACCCUGUCUGAAGCAGGGGAAAUAGAUGAUGUAUGUGUCAAACAAAGCAUAUUAUAAUUUUAGGGUGUGAAUGUGCAGAGAAACAUACCUCUUUGGAACAUACAGAGCCAAGAUGUCCCUUUCUUGGUCUCUCUAGACAGCACCAGCCAUUUCUCCUGCAGGUUGGGAAGAUACUUUGUAUACUGAAGCCUAGGACUGAAUGUUCCGUUGUAAUUGCAGGUUACAUGUAAUAGCUUCUCCCCAAUAGCUUUGUAAAUUCUCCUGUGGAGGUUACCUGUGCUGCUGCCUGCCCUGGGUUUGGUGAGAGCCCGACCUGAUGGGGCACAAAGCCCAGAUAUCCCCGUCCCCGCUGACGGCCCGUAAAUUCUGUGGCCGAGGCGCAGGGAGCCGGGGUGGGACGGCAGCCGCACACCUCCUGCCCGGCCGCAGCGUGGCACGGUGCAGCCCAGCCCGGCCACGCCAGUGGGGCUGUGGUUGCAAAGCAGCUGCUGAAUUCCCUAGACUCCUUUGGGUUUGGGGGUUUUUUUUCAUCCUUUUUUAGCUUUCUGCAGAAUUUUGUAAAUGAAGUGUGGGUGGAUUUUGGAUGGAGCUGGACAGAGAUGCCCAGCAGGAGUCUGGCAGGAUUCAAAGUUUGAAAUAUCUCUGAGCGCGGAGCGGGCGCUCUUUGCUCCCCUCUGUCUCAGCUCUGUCCUCUGGCUGCACCACAGGAGAGCCCAUCAGCUGCCCAGUGUCCCUUUCCAGGCACAUCCAUCGGUUCUGCCAGUGUCCUCCCAACCCUAAAAGAUGAUGCAAAAAAAAAGGGCACUUUUCGUCCUUCAUUUUGGGGGGGCCAGUUGCUUUUUUCCUCCCUGUGUGGAUGUGGCAGACGCAGUGUCUCUUGCACACCGCAUUUGGGAAGAUGCCGUCAGAGGCUGGCUGUGGUUUGGGGUCCCCCUGCUCCGCCCAGCUCUCUGCUGCUAUUCAGCAUCUUCAGGAUUUGAAACCAGCUUUCUGCAACUACAGUAAUAAGCUUUUUCUUUUUCCCAAAGGAUUCCUACCAGCUCUUUUGUAACUUGAAAAGUGUGGUUUUCCAGGUAUGUCACUCCCUGGCCAUUGUGGGAAUGCUGCUGGAAGCACCCCACUUGCCAGGAUGGCUCCUUUGGGCCCCAAAAGAGGAGUUCAGGCCCCGAAAGAGGAGUUCAGCCCCGUUUGCCUGAUGGAACUCGCUGAAGCAGCCCCCGGGCUCAGGCUGGUGGAGGCUGCUCUGGGGGACAGGGCGCACACGGAGAUACAGCCUUGGCAAACGGAGCCGCUUUGCCUCCCGUGUCCUUGCUGCCCACACAGAGUCACCCCCAUCGGCUGGAAGGGGGCGUGGAGGGAAUUUCCCUUUUGCUGAAGAAAACCAGCAGUCUCCUGUCUGGGUUUGUGAUCGGUGGGAAGAGCGAAAAGAGCAUUUGUGUUGUGGUUUAACCCCGGCCGGCAGCUAGAACCACACAGUCACUUGCUCGCUUGCUUCUCCCCGUCCCGAGUGGGAUGGAGACAAGAAUCGGAAAAGUAAGGAAAACUCAUGGGUUGAGCUAAAGGAAUUUUAAUAAGUAAAGCAAAAGCUGUGCAGACAAGCAAAGCAAACCAAGGAAUUCAUUCCCAGCUUCCCAUCGCAGGCGGGUGCUCAGCCAUCCCCAGGAAAGCUGGGUUCCAUCGCGCCUAACGGUGACUUGGGAAGACAAAACACCGUCGCUGCGAACGUCCCCCCUCUUCCUUCCUCUUCCCCAGCUUUAUAUACUGACCAAUGACACCAUAUGGUAUGGAAUAUCCUUUGGGUCAGUUGGGGUCAGCCGUCCGAGCCGUGUCCCCUCCCAGCUCCUUGUGCUCCGCAGCCCAUCGCCAGUGGGGUGGGGUGAGGAGCAGAAAAGGCCUGGGCUGCUCAGCAGCAACCCAAA